ACGUCCGCAGCGCCCGAAGUACGAACGCCGAACUGUGUAGAACUUUCGGUGUAAAAAAUUUCUUGCCGUGAACUUUUUUCGUGCAUACUAGCAAACAUGAGGUCUAUUUGCUUUGUAUUCUUUGUGAUAUUAGUUUGUGAAGGCACGAAUAGUUUAUUUUUACCGGGCAUUGAAUACAGAAGGUUAAGGAACUCGGCACCCUCGUUAUCAUGGAUGUCCAGGUCACGACGAGUGGCGCCCAGGCAUCGCAUCAUAAACCCUAACGAAGAUUGCUUCCUUGUGACGUCAGAAGAAGAGCAAAUAUUCUUCAAGUCCCCAUCCAAUGAGCCGACUGUAUGCGGAAUCUACAUGAUAGCAGAGCCUGACAAGAGGAUUCAAGUAACUUUUGACUAUCUCAACGUGCGCUGCGAAAACGAAGGAUUAGUUUCGUGGGUGGAUGGCUGGGAGCUUAGUGGCCAAGUGUGGCCUGCUGACAGUUGGAAUGAUGACCGUGUGCUGGAAACUUGCGAUCAGAGGCCUGCGCGGACCUUGAUCUCUCAGCAAAACGCUGCCCUCAUACAAUACCGAGUGCCUGCAAGGGGACAGGGCUUCGCUAUCACUAUAAAGCAUGUGAAGAAUAAUAAACCGUGUAAUGUGGUGCUGUUCGGCUCUGAGGGCGUAUACACACUGCGGAACCACGGUGAGGCUGGAAACUGUUCGGUGAUCUCCGUGUCCCCGUCGACCAUUCGUGUACUUAACAUCGAUGUUGGACAAACUGUGAAACAAUCGAGAAAAGGCCUUAUGGAUUUUGAAACUGGAACUAUUCACCAUUGCAAGAAGAGGGGACUAUCUGACUACGUGGACAUCGGCGGCGCUAGCGGCUUGGACCACACCAAAAUGUUUGUCUAUGAGAACAUGUGCGGGCUUGACUCUACUGAAGGACAUCAGGCGGUAAAAAUAGCCUGUGAAGAUUCAGUGGUGCGUCUUGUGUCCAGCGGAAAAUACUACAACUCUGUCACCCUGGCCUUCGCUCCCCUCCCCAUGGAAAAUUUGGAAAGUGCUGACUUCAUGUGUCCUUUCUAAGAAAAUGGAUAACGACAUACCCAUACAUACUGACUCCUGCAAUUCGGUUGUUUUUUUUAUAAGUAAAUUCACUUGCUUUUCGAUUAUACUCUUAAAACACUGUGUAUGUUUUUAAUGGCUGAUAAAAAUAUUAUUUACGUAUUAAAAAUAUAACAAUAAUAAUAUGUGCCAGACAAUCACACCAAUUGCCUGGUCUCAAACUAAGGAAUUCCCUGUACUAUGAGUACCAGAGCAAAGGAAUUCACUCUGGGGCACUUCCCUAAACUGUUUAUAAUAUAUUUUGUAACCAUUAGAUAAACUUACUUGCAGUUGAGUGAAGUUACCAAAAGCUUUUGAAUUUUAUUUAGGCUACAAUUCUCCGUGACCCCUAAGGUUGAAUUAGUAUUUAU